AUGGUGAGAUUGCCCCGCAUUCCCCCUCGUAAACGUUGCGCCCCUGACGAUAUCUCGAGGAAACAGGCUUCUGAAUCUCGGCUAUAUGCGUUCUCUCCGGAGACGAAGGAGAAAUUGCGCAAGUUUCGUCUAGGAACUUCUAGAGCAAAGGAAGCUCAAGCUAUAAUAUACAUCAUCGACCAAAAGAGCCAAGAGAUUCGUCCUGAAGAUGGCGAAGUAUACACAAAGAUGGAAGACGUGGCCGAUGAGCUCCCUGACUCAUCGCCCCGUUUCAUCCUCCUGAGUUAUCCUUUGACUCUGAAAUCUGGUCGCCCUUCGGUUCCUUACGUCCUUCUCUACUGGCUCCCAGAGAACUGCAACCCAAAUUCGCGAAUGAUGUACGCUGGCGCCGUCGAAUUGAUGCGCAACACCGCACAAGUCAAUCGUGUGAUUGAAGUUGAGGAAGAGGAUGACAUUAUCUCCAUUGAAUCGAAAUUGCAGAGUGAGGACUGA